AUCAUCAGCUCUGCGCUCAGAUGAUGAGAAGGCUGCCGAGCGCGCUGCACACCGCCGUGCGUUUGUCUCCCUUUCAGCCACAAAGUGCCCCAAAGCGCCGAGCCACGGCGUGAACGCCCCCAGCCACCUCCACCACCUCACCCCCGCUUCGUCUCCCACCGCCCGUUUGUGGCAAUGGAGCCGUAACCCGCCCGGCGUGCGUGAGAGCGACUGGAGCAGCAGCGGCGGAGACUCGAACACCAGGCGGCUAUGGAGGACAAGCGCGCAGAGGCUGGAGUCUAGACUGAACGCAGACCCCAAGAUCAUCCACCUGUCCGGAGAGCCCUGCCGCCCCACUGACCCGCAUCAGUCUAGCACGGAUUUCUGCCUCAGACCGACUCCGCACAGCGAGGAUGCGGGAGAAGCGGGCGAGCGUCUGCACGGGAUGCUGGAGACCGAUGCUGCUGUCGUGCGUCCUGGUUCUGCAUUUGAUCCCGCCGGCGGUGCACGGAAAUGUUGCCGGCAACAAUGCAACUGAGCCAGAGAGCGCAGUCAAUAUCACCUCGCUGCUGGUGGAAGAGGAAAGGCCACUGAAAGUAAACGAAGGCGUCGCCACGGUAACCGGGAUCAGCAACUCUGCCACCUCUCACCCCAUCAGCACUGUGACCCCGAGGGCGGGCCGGAUGCCACGCGCUGGCGAGGACGACGAUCAGAGCAGCGGCAUGUUCGGUGAAUCUGUGGUUCCCACGGUGGAGAAAGUGAGCGUGUCGGUGCCGCCCCAGCUCAGUCCCGACUCAGCUGAGACGGAGCAUCUGUUGCCUAGCAACCCACACCGAGAUGAAACGGCGGUGGAGGGAGAGGAGAAAAAAGAAGAAAAGGAGGAGGGGCGUUUGCCACACACUGACCCACCAUGGAUCCAAGCCAAGGACACAGCUGUGUUUGACCUGGACCACAUGUUCACCACCACUGCCCCUCCCUCAACUGCCACAAACCCCCCUAACCCAGACGUUCUGCAUGUGGACUUCUUUGACCCCUCCUCUCGAGGGCGUAACCUAGACCUGGCCCCGCCCUCUCCUUCCUUGCGAGCUCAUGAGCUGCAGGGCAAUGACGCAACUUCCUGGGUCAUGCAAGAAAACUACGACUACCUUACCCCCUACGAGGACGCCGUGUCCCCCACUUCUGAUGAUUACACCUACAGUACCACAACCGAUGCUUAUGAGAUCAGCGAAGACCCACGGGGUGCUGCUGGAUCCCCUUCCCGCUCCAAGCCCCGUUUCUCUGGGUCGGGUUCCUUCAUCCCUGGAGCCCCUUUUCCGGGUGUGGGUGCACCGAAGGUUCCUGCGAGUGCCGGCUCAUCAAGCGGAUGCCGCUUGGGGUACCAGCUGGUCAACGGCAGCUGCCGCUCGGCCUGUGACAUGCAGCCCAACUACUGCUUCAACGGAGGACAGUGCUAUCAGCUCAACAGCGAGGAAAUGUUUUGCAGAUGCAAUGUCCAGGAUUACAUUUGGCACAAGGGUUCCCGCUGUGAGUCUGUGGUGACCGAGUUCCAGGUCAUCUGUCUGGUUGUUGGCGCCUCGGCUCUGGUGGUCCUGCUCCUCUUCAUGAUCAUUGUCUGCUUUGCCAAGAAGCUCCACGUGCUCAAGACUGAGAACAAGAAGCUGCGAAAGCGCAGCAGUAAGUACCGGCCUUCAUCGGAGCAGCACAAUGAUAAUUUCUCGCUGUCCACCAUCGCUGAGGGCUCCCACCCAAAUGUAAGGAAACUGUGCGACACCCCUCCUAACGUCCCUCAUGCCCGUGCAUUGGCUUACUAUGAUAACAUUAUCUGUCAGAAAACCAUGAGCAGAUACACCUGGGAGUGUAAGACCAAAGAGGAGUCCGACUGCGAGUUUCAUGCUGACGGGAGGAAAGAGGGCCCCUAUCCCGUAACCAUGGAAGUGACAUACCCACACGUCCUGCCUGAAGUUACUAUCUAGGCCAACAGCCAUCGGGAUGAUCCCAAUUCCCAGAACAAGCAGGAAGACCCGAUGAAGGCCCUGGCCAAGGAGGACGACUCCCUAAACAUCCACAACUCUCUGACCCCCAAACAAGAGAACCACAAGGUCCUGGGCGAGGAGAACUCCUCGGAGGUAAAUUCACUGCAGAACAACAUGAUGUGAAGCGAAACAAGGUGUGAACCAAGCCCAGAAACCUGACAACACGACACAGAAAACAGCGAGGUGCAACUGGAGCCCACAAACCCCCUCGCUGCUCUCUGUUAACCCGCCACCGAGCGCGUCAAACCGCUCGACCAGGUCAACCAACCUGCCAACGUACCAGCCAACCAACUCAGUCUGCAACCUUCUCCGACACGGCAACACUGCCACACGCGGCCUCUGGGUCGCUGCGAAACACACCGCCGCCGCCGCCAUCACUGCCCCAGCUGAAGUAACCCCAGCCUUCCUCGCCUCUCCUCUCCGCCCUUACAAAAGACACCCUUUUUUCCAAAUCCCAGAUUCUUUGUUGCUGUCAUUCUACUCUCCCCUCUCUCCUCUGCACACACUCAAAUAUACACACAGACAUGAUGAGCAUUUACACACACACUGUGAAAAUGACACCACGCUUGUAUGUACACCCCCCCCCCUCCCCUGCCUGCAUUGGUGUUUUUUUGUAAAAAGAGCAAAGUCAUACAGAAGUUUAAAACGUCAAUGUUUAAAAAAAAAAGUUA